AACAGCCUAAACUUUCUACACCCUGCAAAUGUAGAAGAAGUUCAUUUCAAAAUAAACGAAAAUACUCAAAAAAUUGAUGUGGCGCUGGAAGAAACACCCUUUAUAGCAUGUCAGCCAUAGCCAAUGGGAGGGAUCGUUUAUAUUUGAUGAGACAUGGCGGGGUAGGUUGUUGGGAUUUUAAUUUCAUAUCCAGAGAUCUUUAGUUCGCACAUCUACCCAUUUUGACAAAAAAGUAUGGUCAUUAAGAUUAUACCUACACAUUGGAAGUGCUUUGCUAUUAAAACCAAGUCCACAUUUUGAACGGCGCAGAGCAAUCCCUUUAGCUAAUGUUCACAAUGGCUCCAUCUUCUCCUCCUGCAGUCAUUCAUUUCAUCCUCCUCUCGGUAACCCUUCUCUCAGUUUCCUGUCUACCCUUACCCCUUGAAUCGACAUCCAAAGCAAAACCCCUCAUCUUGCCAAUUAAGAAAGACCCAGAAACCAAUGUGUUCUACACCACAAUUGGCCUAGGAACUCCCCAACACAACACAGAUCUCGCCAUUGAUCUUGGCGGAGAGAACCUCUAGCACGACUGCAGCACAAAACGCUACAACUCUUCCUCCAAGUGUAUAGUUGUCUGUGAGUCAAAGAAAUGCCCCUAAAACGCUUCAUGCAUUGCCACUGGCUGCAUUGGCCCUUAUAAACCAGGUUGUGCAAUCAACGAUUGUGUUAUGACAAUGAGCAACCCAUUAGGUCAAUUCAGAACCAGCAAUUCAAUGGUCGAGGACGUGAUAUCCUUGCCUCCCACAUACGUACCUGGCUUUCUUGCUGGCUGCGUUGAUCUGGAUGUUGACAUCUCUGGCCGUGCUUUGCAAGGUUUACCCAAAAGAACCAUAGGGAUCGUAGGCUUUUCACGGUCAAAACUUUCAUUUCCAUCACAACUUGUUUUGGCUAAUAAGCUUCCUCCCAUCUUCUCUCUCUGCUUCCCUUCUUCAAAUAACUUGAAAGGAUUUCGUAAGAUCUUCAUUGGAGCUGCUGCUGGUGGCCAUUCUCAACUUGAAUCCAAGUUUCUCCAAAACACCGCCCUUGUUGUCAACCCCGUUGCCACUACUGCUGUGUCUAUAGACGGUGCUCCCUCUAUCGAAUACUUCAUUGAUGUGAGAUCAAUAAAGAUCGAUGGCCAUGUUGUCAACUUAAACCCUUCUCUGCUGUCCAUUGACAAGAAUGGAAAUGGGGGUACGAAAAUCAGCACUGUGACUCCAUGGACUGAAUUGCAUAGUUCUCUCUACAAACCUUUUGUGCAAGAUUUUGUGAAGAAGGCAGCAGGAAGGAGAAUGAAGAGAGUGGCAUCAGAGGCACCGUUUGAUGCAUGCUUCGAUUCAAGCACCAUUGAGAAUUCUGUCACUGGUCUGGUUGUGCCAGUCAUUGACCUGGUGCUAGCUGGGGGAGUGGAGUGGAGUAUUCAUGGAGCCAAUUCCAUGGUGAUGGCAGGCAAAAAUGUUGCGUGUCUUGCAUUUGUAAAUGGAGGGAUGAAAGCAAAACUGUCUUCUGUUGAAACAUCUAUUGUUAUUGGGGGGCAUAGUUAGAGAACAAUCUUUUGGUGAUUGAUGAGGCUUCGUCAAGAUUAAGCUUUAGCUCCUCUCUUUUACUUCGAAACGUAACGUGCUCCCAUGUUUAAAUCGUGUUCUACAACGUUAAAAGCACAGGAGUUAUCUAUCACUCAUUGUCUGUCUUUUACGUCGUACUGUACAUCUUUGUAUACUAAUAAA